GCAUUAAGAACCUGAACAAUUACCUGCUUAAUUAUUAUCCCAGGGAUGAGACGGCAUUCUGAUUGGCUGUUUCGCGAGUGACGUCAACAGCUGUUCUCGAGGCACAGAAAAAAAAAACCACAUUCGCUCUCAGACCGUGUGUCUCCCUGCUCAGGAAAAAACGCUCGAAAGUUCAGUCUCUAACUCAGUGAACCUAUGAAAGAAACCGGAUGACGGAUAGAUUUUAAGUUGGACUCGCGUGUCCGUGUUUGUUUUUUCACUUUAAGUGUGUGUUUUUUUUAGACGUUUUCAGACUGGUGCUUCGGAACGCGAACUGCUUUGGGAUUGACGCUCAUCUCGAAGUUCCCAAGAUGAACUUCGGUCCGGUGGUCGGAAAACUUUUUGUGGUCGUGGCAGCGCUGAUUGUUUGCCACGCGGCAGAACCCCCGGCCCCUCAGAGGUCCGGAGAGGAGUACAGAAACCUCACUCUGAGAAACCAACUCAGGACGUGUGUGGAGAAUGAGCAGUACCUCCACCAAGGGCUCUGCUGCCUGAACUGCAAGCAGGGAACGUUUGUGCAGAAGCCCUGUGAAGCUGAUCUGGAGGAAGGAACCUGCGUGUCCUGUGAACACGGGCAGACGUACACCGAGCAUCCAAAUGGGAUGAGUCGCUGUCUGCCCUGUACACACUGUCGCCCAGACGAAAGAGUAAUCACUCCCUGCACAAUCACAGCGGACACCAAGUGCCAGUGCAAGCCCGGCACCUUCUGCGUUCCUGACCAGGCCUGUGAGGUCUGCAAACGCUGUGCCAAGUGCAAAGCCGGUGAGGAGGAGGUGAAGAGCUGCACGCCCUUUUCCAAUACGGUGUGCCGAAAACGAGACCCGUCCCCAACCGAGACGGUAACGCCUCGGUCUCCUCCGGUUCCCGACCCGCCGACAAACACCUGGUUUCUUGUAUUAAUGGUCUUGAUCUGCAUCAUGGUCAUCGUCAUUUUCGCCGUUAUUUUUUGGUUCCUGCGGAAACAGCACUCGUGCGACGUAACAUGGUUAAAAAGCUCUUGUGAAUCGAGUGAAAUCGUAAAGAUUCCCAUUGAUGAGAGUGGAGCCACUGCGGAGGAGAAGCAGAACAACCAGAACGCGGGCCUGGAGGGACAGGAGCCCCGCCCGGAGUCGCGGCCCCUGCUGCAGGAGACGCAACCCGUGAUGACCAAGGCCUGCCCGCCUCUGGAGGACGAGGACCGCGGACUGGGCGACAGUUUGCCCAACACCACCAGCUCGUCUCAGACCAGCCUGUCGGCGCUGCCCACCGCCGCCUCCCCUGGCAGCACCCCGCACCACAGCCCCGCCGGCUUCAGGCAGCUGCCUGCAGACACGGAUGACCCUCUUGGACAUCGAUUGCUGCCACUGCUUGGGUCGGAGAAGUCCCUGAGGAAGAGCUUCGACUUGUUCGACGAAUACCUGGACGUGCGGAUCCACAACAAGUUCUUCCGACUGAUCGGCAUCAGCGACAACCACAUUCGGAUCGCCGAGAGCGGCGCCCCUGGCGACAAGGUGUACGAACUGCUGAAGAACUGGAUGCAGAGGCAGGGGCUGAAGGCCGACAUCAACGACCUGCUGAAGGCGCUGCUGAGCAUGGACCAGCGGCGCUCGGCCGAGUGCAUCGCCCACGCCGCCUUGAGGCGAGGCUACUACAAGCACGCCGACACCCCCUGAAGCUAACGACGCGAACGCCAACGCUACUCGCCACCGGAACAAACUACAGCCGCCGUCGGUAGAACGCCGUGCCUCACAGAACAAGGCUUACCUCCUUUUUUUGUGGCUGUCCAGCCAUGCUUUAAAAAGCCAGUAGUUUUUCUUUUAAAAACAAACAAAAAAAAAAAACGACAACAAAAAAACCCAAAAACAACGCAUAAAAAAAGGGGAAAGUCAAGACACACCGAUCAGUUGUUGACUACUCGCCAAAUGCUGAAGCAAACAAAAAAACAAAAACGUUCAAAUAUGCUUUCGAUGAAAGCCCGAAAGGCUUCAACUGUUGCGUUCUGACACAUUUGGAUGUUCUCGGCUGUCGGUGAAGAGGCCAGACACUGAAAGCACAGAAGUCUCCAGCCGUGUCCCACCCAAGUCACGAGACACUACCGGCCGGAGAACAGGGGGCGGGGGGAGACGAGGAUAAUAUACACUGGUUUGUAGGAGCGGCAUGGCAUGUGCUGCUAAUACCGUGCCUGUUCGAUGCACUGAUACCUGGUGGCACAUGUAGAACUGAAAACAGGUCAAGUUUCAAUGUGUUCUGUAGAUUCAAUCCUCACUGCUAAUAUCAGUCCAUGAAUACUUUUCUUCUCUAAUGGUGGAAAACAUUCACAAAUACUAAUAUCCAUCCCUACUAAUGACGUAUUUACCUCUUCAUCAUUGUUUUGUUUUUGUUUUUUUUCCCUACAGCUUCAUCAUGUUCCUCAAAGUGUGUUCUAGUUGUGUCCACGGUCUUUGUGUGUUCAGUGUUCUCACUUUCAAACACUGUAGAAGGAAUUUACAGGACGUUUCUAAUCGGAGCAUGGUCGCCUCGACGUUUCCGUGGCGACCUGGAGAAGUUCAGAGGUCAUUCUAUUUAUUGUCAUAUUUAUUGAGAUGAUUAUUAUCUGUGAUUAUUUAUACCAUUGCCAAAAACAACCCUGGAAAAACACACGGUCGUUGUGACGUCCCUGCAGGGCAAAAAAAAAAAA